AUGUCUCUCACCUACUCCUCCCGAGCAUUCGUGCUUGCUGGAGAAGGGGUUGGCCAAAGCGCCUUCCCACGCCUGUGUCGCGAGUGCUAUGGUGCAGCCGAGACGCCCCAAAGAUCGAAACAAAGAGUUCGAGGCAGGGCGGACGCGCUGCUCCUUGAAGACCCAUUGAACCGGGGGCCUACGGUUGAACUCAACUUCGUUGAGGUGCCCUGCUGGUGGGUGGAGGCGGAUCUCCGGAGCUGUGUGAGGGAGCGGAAGUCCUUCAGCGACUGCGCAGUGCUGCUGGUGGACGUUUGUAACGCUGACAGCUUUGAUGCCGCGAGACUACGAGGCCAGUGGGCCAUGGCUGCUGGCCUUCGCUGCGUGACUGUACUGAGCUUCUCCGGACCAUGUCAGGGGAAAGCCUUCCCGUCCCCGCUACGUUCUCGGCUCGUGCAGCAGGAGAGACUUGAUUGGCUCUCAGACGAGAUGAGCCUGGUGAAGCCUUCCCACUUCGACUGCACGCUGGAGGCGAUUGGGUCUGGGAGCCCUCAAUUCCAGCUCGAGCUCUUCUUGAAAGUGCUCACGCUGCGGCUGCUGUGGCUGAACCUGGCUCCGAUAGAGACAAGCGGAUCCCAAGCCAAGGCACCCGCGAGCCUCUCCACGCCAUCGUCACGCCGCUGGACCGGCCCCGCGCUGAGUUCGCGCUCGGACUCCGUCCCUGGGCGUCGCCAGCCGCGGCAGGGUGCAAGUCCAGGUCCGCCGCGAUGUGCUCACAUCCUGCCGGCCCGGUACAUGCCUGGAAUUCGGACGGCUCCCGAUGGACCUCCCCGAGGUCGCACCUGGUGGGGAUCCGAGCCCAGGAGUGUGUCUCCACGACGGCCCUCACCGCCUGUGCAGUGGAGUUCACGCCAAACUGGCCGGAACCGUAGCCCCCUUCAAAUCCGGCGUCGGUCCGAAUCCGCAGGGCGUUCGGAGCCUCAGGAGGCGAUGGCCAGUGAGGGCGAGGACGUGCGGAGCACCGAUGGCAACCCGGCAUCCUUGGCUGCGGCAGAAGCCAAGCGCCUCGUAGCCGCAGGGCCGCAGGGACCCCUCCGUCGGCCUCAGCAAGAACAAGAGCGUCGAAAGUCCGUGGAGUUGUCCGGGACAACUAACAACGGAGCGCAUCCGGAGGAGGAUGCCCCGCUGGAGACGGUCAUCAACCUGAGCACCUUAGCGGAGCGGUCUCGUGAGGCGGGGCCUUCCAGAUCCCAGGAGAGCCCACCUCGCUCGAAGCGUUCAUGCAUCUUCAAGGAAUUGCGAACCGUCAUGCUCACUCUUUUGAAGCGUGAAGUCUGCUUGGGAUGCUUGGGCUGGGGCUCCGGUUCCGGUACCAAGCGUGCGUUUGCGACGAGGAACCAGACGCACUAUCAAGUGCUGGGCGUGUCCUCGUCAGCCUCGCAGGCAGAGAUCAAGAAGGCAUAUCUCGGCGAAGCCAAGAAAUGCCAUCCAGAUUUAAACCCUUCUAAAGAUGCGAAAGAGAAGUUCCAGCAGUUGGCGGAAGCAUACCAGGUGUUGGGCGACCCUGACAAGCGCCACCAAUACGAUGAAUUCCUCCGCACAGGAACGUCGCAGAGCUUCAGUGGAGCGCGGAGUUCGCAAGGGGCCCAAGCCCAAGGCUUUCAGGCUGCCCCGCCGCCGAGCGACUUGGAUCCCUUCGAGCUCUUUCGGGCUGUGCUGGAGGCCUUGGCUGGGAGAGGGAAGGAGCUCGGCUCGGAACGGCUCAUGGAGCGCGUGCGCACGGUUCAGAAGGAGGUCGGCGAUGCCAGCGUCGCCGCGCAGGCCGGCGACUUUGCGCCCGCCAAGGCCUUCAUUUGGAAGCACAAAGGCCUCGCAGCCUCCGUGCUGUUACCGCUGGGCAUCGUCCUGCGUUUUCCGGGCCUCAUUGGAAUGGCCCUGCGGGUCCUGGGCCUGGUCGCCGCGGCCACGUUGCAGAACCCAGCCAUGCGCGAGAUGUUCGCCAGAUGGACUUGGCUCCAGUGGCGCUUGCUGGUGCAAAGAGCUGCCAGGCGGGCUCACGAAAAGAAGCGGUGA